ACCCCUAUCCUUUUCUCCCAAAGAGAUUCAGAACUUAGGUCCAGGUCCCUGCCAAGUCUAAGGUCCCUUCCUUAACCUCCAAGAGGCUCAAUGAAUUAGGACCUCUGCUCUACAGUUUGGCUUCUGAAAAGUGGCCCUGACACUCCUAACAACCCCUAACCCCCCAUCCCAGGGCAGCAAAGUCUGAGAAUCACUAUUAACUUCCCACUCCCAAACUGGAUCAAGGUUCAGGGAUCUUUCUUCUUCUUUUAUUUAUAUUUGGAUUAAAUAGAAGGGAGAAUAUGUGAAAGAACUACUUGUGUGAUGACUUAGAUCUAUGCUCUUGUGUCCACAAACCUUCUUGUGUGAGGCACUCACAAGCUUUGGUUCUGGGUGUAUGAAAGUAAUUGUAAAUGUCUCUGUGUGUUCAGAAUCUUAUAUGUAUGUGUUCUCUCUGUCUACAUGGGUGUAAGUUUGUAUAUCUGCCUGAGUGUAUGCCCUACUCUUUGUGUGAAUAAGUACAUUCUCUGCUUCUGGAUGCUGUUACUGUACAACUAAGAAAAGGCAGUGAUGAAUGCAUGUUUUCUGGGCCUGUGGCUAGAAGAAAUUCUCCUAACCCAAUGCCAGGUCUCUUCACCACCCACUCCCCUUCUAUUAGAAUAAAAUGGACCACAAAGAAGGAGUGACCCCUUUGCCCAGUCUUUCAUUCACAGGAAACAUGUCGCCUGUUUUCUCCAAGAUGACGCUGAACACCCAGCAGGAUUCCCAGACCGUUCUGAGAAGGCGAGCCAGUACCCCACUAUCCUUAGCGCCAAAACCUAGCUCAGGUCUUUUGGCCCCAAAGCCCUCCAGGAAACCGAAUCACCCCCAACUCUCUCAGUCAUCCUCUCUCAAUCCCCCUAUUCGACCUCCCUCACCUGCCCUGGACAACUGGUCCUCUGACUCCAGCGACUCUGGUGAUUCCUUAUACCGGGUAGUCCUACUUGGAGACCCCAGGGUAGGAAAGACCAGCCUGGCAAACCUUUUUGCUGGUGUACAGGAACGAGACCUACAGGAUCAUCAGGGAGAGGACGUAUAUGAGAGGACCCUAUCUGUGGAUGGAGAGGAUAUGACACUACUGGUUAUGGACACCUGGGAAUCAGAGAAGCGGGAUGAGAAGAGCUGGCACCGUGAUUACUGCCUACAGGUGGGCAACGCCUAUGCAAUCGUGUACUCCAUCACAGACCGAAGCAGCUUUGAGAGUGCCUCUGAAUUACGCAUCGAGCUUCGAAGGACCCGCCAAGCAGACAAUAUUCCUAUCAUCCUGGUAGGGAAUAAGGCAGACCUGGUGCGCUGUCGGGAGGUGUCAAUGGAAGAGGGUCGGGAUUGUGCUAUGGUAUUCGACUGCAAGUUCAUUGAGACUUCAGCGGCCCUGCAACACAACGUAGCUGAACUCUUCGAGGGCAUCGUGCGCCAGAUCCGCCUGCGUCAGCUGGGCCAGGAGGCAAAUGACUCCCGUCUUGCAGCUCCUCGUCCCAAGAGCCUCAGCCAGAGGGCCCGACGGUUCCUGGCCAGGCUGGCCACAAGAAACAACAAGAAGCUAGCAUUGAAGGCCCGAUCCAAAUCCUGCCAUGACUUGUCUGUGCUCUGACACUAGAUUGUGCCUCACUGGGCUCCAAGAACAGAAAAGGGAGAGGGGAGAUACCAUCUAACCUGGGAUCAGUCCCAGAGAUUCCCCCAGCUACCACCUUUCCCCUCCAUAUAGUCACUUCCCUGCUGCACUGAACCAAAUGUCUUCUCCUCCAGCUAUUGCUGUGUUUAGCCAUAAUGACUCCAAAUUGGGAGGAGAGGGAUUCCCAAGCCUGCAAAGCAAGAAGCAGGUGGAGGUCCAUCCAGGAUGGACUUAAAAGCACUGUCCAAUCUCAUCAGGCACUUCCCUCUUCAUACCCCCAAACAGGGAAGCCAGUGUAGUCUGGGUGAUCCCGAGGAACACAAUAUUGGCACCCCUGCUGUGACUGUGAAUCAGGAGAGAGAGUGCCAAUGGUGGACAAGAGAUCCAGGUGCCAGCCCUGAACCCCCAGGGACAGGAAUCCCCAGGGUUGGCAGCAAGCUAAGGGAGGAAGCUGCUGGAUGGACAGUCCAGGUAGUAAUAAACAGAACCAGCAAAGCCAUCCUUUGGGGGUGGGGUGGGAGAAACUCCCUUGCUGGAGAUAGGGUGGACAGACUUGGAGGAAGAGAUAAUGCUGCCAUCUAUACCUUUUCAUGCUAUCUGUCUCGUCACCAAGCUAUCCAGCCAACUAUGGUUCUAAAAGCUCCCACAAUAAACCAAACCUAAGAGAUGCCCCAUCCAUCAGUUACUGUGUCUACUCAGAGCCCACUUUUCCUUCUCUUAAGUCAGGGCAGAAUUUUAGAAAGAAAGACAUGAGUUAAAGACUCAAUUCUCUCUUCCUAAGCCUUGACUUCAUCAACAAUGCUUUCCAAACUAUAUUUCUGAUUGCCCCAUAAUACUCAAAUUCAUCUCUUUGGACAAUGAAAAUAUAUAAAAUAUAUAUGUAUGUAUAUCUAGAGAGAAGAUAUAUAUAA